UGUCUAUCGAUUAAUCAUGCCACAUUCCAAAUAACAAUUAGGCUAACAUUACAAAAUGUUUUAUUUUAUUUUAAUCAUGACAUUUGAUGAAAUGUAUGCAUGUUAUGCUUACAAUUUUGUGACACGUCAUCACAAUCACCGGCCACCAACGGUCACCGUACCCAAAUAGGCCUCGAAAUAUUUAAAACCGUUUUUGGGUUCUCAUUUUCGUCUGCAACAUUUUCCAUUUCCAUUUUUCAGCUCUCUAUCUUCUCAGCCCUCUAAUAUCAAGCAUCGCUAGAUUUGGUUCAGUUUCCCAAAAACCGGCCAAAAUGCCCGUACCCGGCUCAGAAACCCGGUCCAUCCUAGCUCCAACAGGGAACCGGGUUCGGAUCCUCGAAGACCACAGGCGGAAGAAAGAGGCGGCGACGGCGAAGCCUAAGAAAGCCAUCCCGCCGCCGCCGGCGAAGCCGGCCAAGUCUGAGGCGGCGGCUGCCGUCGUGCGGUGCGGCGUUGCGGCUGAUAGGUCUUCAGACUCUUCGUCGUCGUCGUCGUCGUCCUCCUCCUCGUCGUCCGGUGGCUCAAAUGUAAAAUCUGCUAAAAGUAAGGGCGCGAGGGUAAUUAGUGAUAAAAUCGGUGGUGUUAAAUCUUCGAAAAUUGUAGCUCGUCGAGCUGAGGCUGUGACGCAAAAUCCUGAGGUUACACUUCCUGUUAAACGCUGCGAUUGGAUUACCCCUAAUUCUGAAUCAGUUUAUAUUUCUUUCCAUGAUGAGGAAUGGGGUGUCCCAGUUCAUGAUGACGUCAAGUUGUUUGAGCUCUUGGUUUUAUCUCAAGCGCUUGCCGAACUCUCAUGGCCGGUGAUUCUUAGCAAGAGGACAAUAUUUAGAAAGCUUUUUGUCGAAUUCGACCCAGCAUCAGUUGCAAACCUUGAUAUCGAGAGAUUGCUGUCAACAAGAGUCCACGGCAGUACAUUGCUCUCUGAACCCAAACUUCGUUCGAUCAUUGAGAACGCUAAUGAGUUCCUCAAGAUCCAGCAAGAGUUCGGCUCGUUCAGCAACUACUGCUGGCGGUUCGUGAACCACAAGCCAAUUGGGAGUGGGGCCCGCCACGCGCGGCAGGUCCCGACCAAAACGCCGAAAUCGGAGCUCGUGAGCCGGGAUUUGAUGCGGAGGGGUUUUCGCUGCGUGGGGCCCACUGUCGUGUACUCGUUCAUGCAGGCUGCUGGCCUGGUGAACGACCACCUUGCGACUUGCUUCAGAUACGUCGAGUGUAGUCGUGCCAAUACCUCGGAUGGAGGAAAAAACGGCACAACGUACGAUGAUUCGCCACGUCCUUGAAAGGCUUUGAAACUGAGGUUAUUUAACUGUUCUUAACUGCUAAUUAAUAUAAUUUGUUUACCUUCUUGUACCUUUUUCUGUGUGGGAGUGUGUGUAGUAGUUGCUGGGUUGCCUAAGGUUGGUUAUGUGUGAUUUUGGGGAGCUUUUGAUGUUAUGUAUUUGCAUUACUUAAAUUUCAUACGAUUUGUGUGUUUAUAGUUAAUAUGUGUUGUUGUCUUUAGAGUAUUCAUAUGUUGUUCAAUUUCAUUGGAAUUAUGUGAUGAAUCAAUCCUGUUUAAUUUGAAGUAUAUAUUUUUAUUUGAAGCAUAUUAU